AUGGAGAUUGAAGAAUUUCCCCUGUACUGCUCCCAUUAUAAAUCUUUGGGUCAUGUGAGAGAUGUUUGCCCGAUUAUGUUUCCUGAUUUGGGUCAUUUGAAAGAUGUUUGCCCUCUUAUGGUGGAGGGACCUCCGAUAGGUGCUCAUACUUCACAAAAUGAUGGUGAUAUUCUGCCUUUCAUUGUGGUGGAUCAUUGUGUUGGUGAUGUCCCUCUAGAUAACAAUAGUGCUGAUGGGGGUGAUCCUUUUAUAAUUAAUGCUGGGGAGCAAGAAAAUAUGGCUACAUUGGUUGAUGUUGAUUGCCUUAACCCUGAUAAUUUGGUUUCUUCUAAUGUAGCUUUCCUUGAGUCAGUGGAUGUUAAUUUGAUUAAAGAUAGUGUGGUUGAGGAUUGUUGUGUUGCUUUGGCUCCUAGAGUGGAGGAGGUUGAUGGUGUUGACCAUUUGGAUCAUGGGCUGGCUAUUUUUUGUUUCGCUUGUGCUACUCUCGAUUUUUUUGGGUUGGAAUGCUCAGUUUACUUUGGUGAACCUGAUGUGUUUGGAAUCUACGUGAUUACCUCUGUUUCCUCCUUGGAUGACACAAGAUUGGCAACCAAGUGGCGGUCUGAGUCUAUUUGCUUUGGGAUUUUUCCUUUUCAUUGUCUUGUUCAGGUUGCCCUUGAGAUAUCAUCCUUCUCCAAAUAUGCUGGAUUCACCGGUGUUCGGCUCGGCUGGACCGUUAUUCCCAAGGAAUUGCUUUUCACUGAUGGGUUUCCAGUAGCCAAGGAUUUCAAUCGCAUAGUAUGCACCAGCUUCAAUGGUGCAUCUAAUGUCGUUCAAGCUGGAGGUCUGGCUUGUCUCUCUCCAGAUGGUUUAAAGGCCAUGAAAGAUGUGGUUAGCUUUUACCAAGAGAACACUAACAUACUCGUUGACACAUUCACUUCUCUUGGUUUUAAUGUCUAUGGAGGGAAGAAUGCUCCAUAUGUUUGGGUACAUUUCCCUGGUAGAAGCUCUUGGGAUGUCUUCGCCGAGAUCCUCCAGAAAACCCACCUGGUCACAACGCCAGGGAGCGGCUUUGGGCCUGGAGGUGAAGGUUUCAUCAGGGUCAGUGCGUUUGGCCACCGCGAAAAUGUCCUUGAAGCUUCUAGGAGAUUAAAACAGCUUUUCAAGUAAUCUGGAGGAAGCUCAGCGUCUUCUCAGUGGAGUUCUUGCACUGAUGCCUCUUGGUAAGCAAUUUUAACGUUGGAAAUUUGAAAUCUGCUCUCUUACUUGUUUUGCUUCUGAUCCAAAAACUUAUGUAGGUGCAAUUGAAGCUUCUGGAAAAAUUUUGAGAGUUUAUUUUUCCUUGAAAUGCUUUAUAUUGAUAGCUUUAUUUUGGGCUUGUAGAACGCGGUAAUAAGCCGUCUUUUGGUUAAGUUUACCUCAUCGAAUUGCAUCAUUUACAUCAAUUUGGAAAUGAAAAACUCUUUUGAAAAAAAUGUUUCGAAGUAUGUAAUGUCAGCCAAUACUUAACGGAUAAAUAUUUGAAAUGGAUUACCCUGUCAUUGAUUUGUUCU